UCUUCUUCACAUGUCCUAAGUUUGUGGUAGUUCUACUUAGAGACGCGUGCAUGAAAGGUUAAAGUUUCACUUAUGUGAAGAUUUUAUUCGGUCAAGUGAUCUCGAGUUACGAAUGGAAUCAAUAAAUAUUAAGUUAUAGUUUACCGAGUACCAUCUGUAUACAAUAAGGUUUUGUUAGCUAAGUACUACCGCUAGGUGAUACAGAUCUUGAAGUGAGAGGGGCUUUGCCUACUUCUGCACGUGCACGAAUGAGUCGAUCGAGAAUUCCUAACCUUGACAAAAUUUGAACGUUCUUAUUUUCGUUUUGAUAAGUAUCAAAGUUAUUCGGGGCAUUCAUUUGCAAAAUGACAGAAGAAGCUGUUUCAUCGAAGACUGAUGUUGAAUGUGCUAUGGAUGGAACAAGCGAUGAUGAUAGUGGAGAUGAUUGGGAUGAACUCACAGAAGUUUUUGAGACCAUACCGUGUCUCUUUUGUAAUGAAGUUACAAGUAAUUUCACAGAAGCAUUGGAACACCUUGUCAAAUCACACAAAUUUGACUUGAAAAAUUUUGUAACAAGACAUUCUCUGGAUACAUAUUCUUAUAUUAAAUUGAUUAACUUUAUCAGGCAAAAGAAUGUUCUACCUGAUCAAUUAAAUGCGUUAAAUAUAAAAACAUGGGAAAGUGACAAGUACUUAAGGCCUAGUGUUGAAUAUGACCCUUGGUUGAUGUUUGACAUCGAUGAUUUGGAAGAGAAAACAACGAAACCUAUAGCGUACACAGUCAAUUCAGAGAAUGGUUGUGUCACUUUAUCCGAAGCUCAUUUUGCUGAAUUGCAAAGAACAAUACAGACGUUACGAGCAGAGUUAGAGCAACGUGAAGUAGCGUGUUUGAUGGGUAAACAGCAAAUAGAUGAGAUGACAGAAAAAGUACAAAAGCUGAUCAUGGAUGAUGAUUUUGAUAAGACUAAUAGUAUUAGAUCUCCUAGUAAUUUUAAUUGCCGCCUUGACGAAAGUUACUUUAACGCGUACAGUCAUUUUGCAAUACAUCAUGAGAUGCUAACGGACAAAGUAAGAACAGAAAGUUAUCGUGACGCAUUAUUAACAAAUGCUAACAGAUUUACUAAUGCUGUUGUGCUAGAUGUUGGUUGUGGAACUGGUAUUUUAUCUAUGUUCGCAGCCAAAACCGGAUGCCGUAAAGUCAUUAGCGUUGAUCAAUCAGAUGUAAUAUAUCAAGCCAUGGAUAUAGUAAGAGAAAACAAUUUAAGUGAUAUUAUCACUUUGAAAAAAGGUCGCCUUGAAGAUAUUACCCUCGAAGAUGGAAAAGUCGAUGCGAUUGUGUCUGAAUGGAUGGGCUAUUUCCUCUUUUUCGAGUGUAUGUUGGACACUGUCAUAUACGCCAGAGAUCAUUACUUGGCACCUGGUGGAUUACUCCUGCCUAACAGAUGUACUUUAAGCAUCUGUGGAAGUGGAGAUACCAAAAGAUAUGUCGAACUCAUCGAUUACUGGUCAAACGUGUACGGUUUUAAAAUGAGUUGCAUGAAAGCAGAAGUGAUCCGCGAGCCAAAUAUAGAAGUCUGCGUGGUAGACGAGUUAAUAACGAACACUGUUGAGAUACAGUGGUUUGAUUUGUACGAAGUGAAGACGGAUUAUAUGAACUUCUCGUCGUCGUUCGAGUUAAAAGUGAAAAAGACUGGAUCGUUGACUGCCAUUGUUGGCUUUUUUGAUAUCUUUUUCGAUUUGGACAAUCCAGUUCAUUUUAGUACAUCGCCUUACUCGCCCCCAACUCAUUGGAAACAAACAGUGUUUUCACUGAGGGAGCCAAUUAGCAUUACCGAAGGUGACGUCCUGAACUGUAGGGUAAAUUGCCGCAGACACACGAGAGAUCUCCGAGGACUCGUGAUCAUAAUCGAAGUC